CUCCCUCCCUCCCCUUCCUUUUCACACACAGCCCCUCUCUCUCUGAAAAAAAAUCUCUCUGCGCAUCUAAAACAAAAACAUUCAGAGAUCAAAAGCCUAUCAUCGAUCAGUGGCCUCAAAGGAAUCAGAGGAUAAUCAGUUUCAACAAAUAUUUGACAGAUUGCUGCUUCUAAACUUUUAACAAGAAUAUUUCUUUGAACUCAUUUACAGCACCAAUGGCAUCACUAGUGAGUAGACGGACACCUCUCGGUGAUUUGUCAAAUUCAAUGAAGGCUGUUGCCUCUCGAAUUCCACAUGACGCAAGCAAGAUGAAAAGUAUCUCCAAGGCACCAGGGAAAUGGCAAACUGCUGGCAGAAAACCACUUUCCGACAUUUCUAAUUCAAGGAAGCCAGAAACAAAAAAGCAGAGUUUCAAUGCAAAGAAGCUAGCUGUCUUGACAGAGGAACCAGAUCAAACCAGUGCAAUUGCAGAGGAAAGGUUUCUGCACAAUCAUCAGGAAUGCAUCAAAGCACAGACAAGAGCUAUGGACAUCAAUGAAUUUCAGCAAUCAAUUGGACUAAAAGAUGAUUUUUCCAAGCAGUUGGCAACUCCAUGUUCACCGCUGGCAUCAAUUACAAUGAAGAGUCCCCCUAGGCCCUUGCAACUGGAAGCGAUGGUCGAGCAGCUCCUUAAAGAUCAAUCUUGGGAAUUCAAUCUUGAUUCUCCAUCUCCUUUCAGAACGCCAAUAUCACCAAGGAAUUAUAGGGACUGGAAGGAUCAGAACGCCAACAUCAGCUUUAAGUUGAUAGAAACCCCAUAGUCGUUGCCAAAGCAUUGAUUUCUCUCUUCAAUGCUCUGCAUCCAUGUUAUGUCAACUCUUUUUAGCCUUUUGAUCAGGAUUGGAAAGGAAAAUUUCCUUUUUGGUGAUUUUUUGGUUAUUUUGGAACGACUAGUAGUGCAGUAGCGUGACAUCCAUUCUUUAGGAUUUGUAGUCACAUUA